UUCGCAAUCUCAGUGAACAUGCAGAACAUGUACAUGUUUUAACGGCGUGACGCUCCCACUAGAUGUCACUUCCAGUCGACUCCCAUCCAUCUGCCGCUCGUGCGCUCCCAGGUGUGGUGACGAUGACAAGGCGGAAGUGAGUUGCGGGAAUCAACUCAGACAGACAAGACGAUGUCCGACGACGAAGAUGUCCGGUACUGUCAUCGAUGCUCAUACAUUUUCCUCAAAUUUACCCUGUUCGGUUAUGCCAUCAUCUGGUGGCUGAUAGGUGGCUUCAUCCUGGGCAUCGGCAUCUAUGCCGAGGUGGAGAGGCAGCGCUACAAGACGUUGGAGGGAGUGUUUUUGGCCCCCGCCGUCAUCCUGAUCCUCCUGGGAAUCAUCAUGUUUAUCGUUUCACUCAUUGGACUCUUGGGUUCACUGAGGGAUAAUCUAACCCUCCUGAAAGUGUUCAUGUUCACUCUGACUGUGUGUCUGAUCCUGGAGCUGCUGGGAGGAAUAUUGUCGCUGGGCUUCCGCCAUCAGACUUUGGGUUUGCUAAACAAGAACAUCCGAAAAGGCAUCGUCAACUACUACGACGACCUGGACUUCAAAAACAUCAUGGACUUCGUCCAGAAGAGGUUUAAGUGUUGUGGAGGUACGGAGUAUACGGACUGGUCGGUCAACAUGUACCACAACUGUUCUUCAACCAGCCCGUCGGCCUGCGGCGUCCCAUAUACCUGCUGCAUCACUACCAAGCCGAAUGAAGUGCCCAACACGAUGUGUGGGUACAAGGUGUUGCAAAGUGAGCGUUUGGAACUGAUCAAAAUCAUCCACAUCCGAGGCUGCACGGACGCCUUCUUCAUCUGGCUGAUGGACAACUACAAGAUCAUGGCUGGACUGCUGUUAGGGAUCCUCCUGCCUCAGCUCUUUGGCGUGAUCAUCAGCUGGCUGUACAUGACCCGGGUCCAGGACGCCAUCAGCGAGUACGGUCACUACAUGGACCUGCUGAACUCCAACGAGAACGAAAGGGUCGCCAAGAAGCAGGGCCAUGUGGCAGAGUGGUUCAGGUGUAUGCCGGAGAUCUGACGGAGCGGCGGAUGGACUCCGGCCGCCACUCGGUUGAUUUAGAGUCGACCCGCAUGCUGCUGCAGCCGCUGAGGGAACGACUCCCUCUGACUAGAAGGGCAAGUUAGGAUCCUUCAAUUUUACUGUGUACUCGCUGCAUGUAUCCAGUCCAUAUGUGCAGGGCCCAUUGAUGCGUUAACGAUUCAUUACUGUGUUGACAUACAGUGUAUGAAUGUGUACGAACGGGCCAAGCUGUAUUGUGCAAAAGAGCCUCAGGGAUAAAUGCUUAUUGUAAGUCGCUUUGGAUAAAAGCGUCUGCUAAAUGACAUGUAAUGUAAAAUGCAGAAACCAACACAACCACUUCUGCUUCUUUUAACCCUUGUGUUGCCUUCGGGUCAUUUUGACCCGAUUCAAUAUUUAACCCUCCU